UAAAUGAGACGUGAGCAGAUUCCCUCUUUCUCCUGGGUGUUGAUAUGCCAUCAUUGACUGACAUUGGCCUGUGUGAGCAGAUAUUUCGGAGUCGUCAGGCAUUGCCGAUAAGUAGCAAGAUGCUGGAGAAAACCAUGAAGAGCUUUGGCAAGAAGUUGAUCCGGCGACGUGUGGUAGAUCUCAGCUCAGAAGAGACCCGUUUUGCCCGCUGCCUCUCCACCCUGGACCUGAUAGCUCUUGGUGUGGGUAGCACCCUCGGGGCCGGUGUCUAUGUCUUAGCUGGGGAAGUGGCCAUGGAGCAAGCAGGCCCUUCCAUUGUGCUCUGUUUCUUCAUUGCGGCUGUCUCAUCGGUGCUAGCUGGGCUAUGCUAUGCAGAGUUUGGAGCCAGAGUUCCGAAGGCCGGUUCUGCCUAUCUCUACAGCUUUGUGACCGUUGGGGAGAUCUGGGCUUUCACCACAGGAUGGAAUCUUAUCCUCUCUUAUGUGAUAGGUACAGCAAGUGUCGCUCGUGCCUGGAGCUCUGCCUUCGACAACAUCAUUGGUAACCACAUCUCCACUUUCUUCCGGAAUAACACUGCCCUGCAUUUGGAGAAUGUGCUGGCUGAAUAUCCUGACUUCUUUGCCCUCUUCCUGGUGUUGCUGCUCACAGGCUUGCUAGCAUUUGGUGUCAGUGAAUCUGCACUAGUGAACAAAAUCUUCACUGCAAUCAACCUGCUGGUCCUCAGCUUUGUCAUCAUCUCUGGCUUUGUGAAGGGGGAUGUCAAGAAUUGGAGUGUGUCAAAGGAAUAUUAUCAGAACCGUUCCCACGAAGCUCUGAAGUCUGGAAUCAAGGCUGGCGAUUUUGGUGCAGGUGGCUUUUUCCCUUUUGGUUUUCAGGGGGUCCUCUCUGGCGCUGCCACUUGUUUUUACGCCUUUGUUGGAUUUGAUUGCAUUGCAACAACAGGUGAGGAGGCUCGCAACCCCCAGCGCUCCAUCCCCAUUGGCAUCAUUGUGUCCCUCCUCAUCUGUUUCGUGGCUUACUUUGGGGUUUCUGCUGCCUUGACCCUGAUGGUGCCCUAUUUUCUGGUGAACAAGGACAGCCCCCUGCCAGAAGCCUUCAAGGACGUGGGGUGGGAGCCUGCCCGCUAUGUCGUGGCCAUCGGCUCGUUAUGUGCCCUCUCUGCAAGUUUACUUGGCUCUAUGUUCCCAAUGCCACGAGUGAUAUAUGCUAUGGCUGAAGAUGGGCUCCUCUUUAAGUCGCUGUCCCGGGUACACAGUCGUACUAAGACUCCCCUGGUGGCUACAGUUGUGUCGGGUAUCAUUUCUGCUUUGAUGGCAUUUGUCUUUGAGCUGAAGGACCUCGUGAACCUCAUGUCAAUUGGAACACUGUUGGCAUAUUCCUUGGUAGCUGUUUGUGUACUCAUUCUCAGAUACCAGCCUGAGAUGGUCAGCUCUUCCAAGGAUCUGGAGAUGUUGGAGGUGAAUGGAAGUGAAGAAGAGAAGGUGAUCAUGAAUUUGUCAACCGGCAGUAAUCAGACUACACUCAAAGAGAAGUUCACCUUUGGGAGCCUUUUCUGCCCUUCUGGGGAUACUCCAACUCACAUUUCAGGACGCAUUGUCUACAUCAGCACCACAAUUGUCUCUAUCGUAAUCACUGCCCUGUGUGGGAUCCUGGCACAGGAACGGAAAGCGCUCAUGAAUGGCAACAUUGGUUGGGUUGUGCCAUGUGUGCUUCUCCUAGCCAUUUCUCUAGUUACCACUAUUAUCAUCUGGAGGCAGCCAGAGAGCAAGAUGCGCCUUACUUUCAAGGUGCCAGCCCUGCCACUGCUCCCUCUCUUCAGUAUCUUUGUGAAUGUCUAUCUCAUGAUGCAGCUGGAUGCAGGCACCUGGGCCCGCUUUGCUGUCUGGAUGGUUAUAGGCUUUGCCAUUUACUUCGGUUAUGGGAUCUGGCACAGCGUCGAAGCACAGCCCACUCGGCGGCCACAGCUGACAGCAAACAAGCCCCUGAAUUCUACCAGCUCUGAGUUGAGGCCAGAUACGUCCAUCUGAAAGGAGGAGGAGAAGGUUCUGCAUCUGCCCUGUCACUCUUACCUGUCUCCUGCCCUUCCAUAUAACAAGCAGGAGAGGGAAAGAUCCUGGGCACACUGUUUCCCUUUGCACACUCCAGUAAUCCCAAACAAGGUUAUCCUGCAGGGAGACAAGGCAAAUACCAAGCUGGAGGUGGGGGAAGCAGAUGCAAAGAACUGCAGCCCUCUUGCCCUUGGGAAAAGCUGACAGGCAGAGAAACUGCCACAUACCCAAUGUCUGUAUUUAUUGUCUGGCCAUGUUGGCUAGGGAGUUGCCUUUCUUUUGUGUAAGAAGCAUGCAUGUGAAGUGGCUGAUGGUCAAAAAAUGGGUCUCAGUGCUCUUUGGUUGUAAAUUUUUGCUUUCCUUUUUUUGUAGAGUUUUUUGUCAGACAUAUCGGUGUUUUGUAUGAUUAAAAAUCCAAAGGACCUUUUUUUUUUAUAAAGGAAGUAUGAUCUGUCUCACUGCCAA